UAUUACUUUGAGCAUUUUUUUGGAGCUGGAUAGCAGCUCUGUCUCUAACCUUUCACCACUUGAGUUGCGCUCCGCUCAGAGAUGCGGUGGAUGCUGUUUCCACGGUGGAUCUGGUUCCUGGCGUGCGCGUCCGCGUGGAUGGAGCUCAGCGUCGCAGUUCUGCCCCAUGCCACCUAUUCGCACGCGGGCAUCUGCCCCAAUGAGAUGAACCCCAACCUCUGGGUGGACGCCAUGAGCACCUGCACACGAGAAUGUGAAUCUGAUCAGGAGUGUGAGUCCUUUGAAAAGUGCUGCCAAAAUGUCUGUGGGAACCACAGUUGUGUUGCUGCCCGUUAUGUUGAUGGGAAGAAGGGCCCUGUAGGAAUGCCCAAGGAAGCAUCCUGCGCCAGCUUUAUCUGCGCCCAGCAGGGCUCCGUGUGUGUCAUCUGGGACGGCCACCCCACGUGUAAAUGCCGGGACCGCUGCGAGAAGGAGCCAAGCUUCACCUGCGCCUCAGAUGGCAUGACAUACUACAACAAGUGCUUCAUGGAUGCAGAGGCGUGUUCUAAGGGCAUCACCCUCUCGGUUGUAACAUGUCGCUUCCACCUCACCUGGCCCAACACAAGCCCCUCACUUCCCCAGGUGACAACACUUCAACCUACAACUGCUCCACUUCAGGGGAUCAUCCCACUUCCGAUAGAGCCCGAGCUACCUGUGCUGCUCAGCAGUCCUGUUCACCAGACUGUUAAUGUGGGGGAAACGGCUAGCUUCCUGUGUGACGUCACUGGCCAACCCCACCCUGAGAUAACGUGGGAGAAGAGGCUGCCCCUAGGAGUAGUGAGGGCGGUCAUGAGACCCAAUAACGUGUGGGGGAACAUGGUGGUCACAAACAUCGGCCAGCUAGUCAUCUAUAACGUCCGGCUGCAAGACUCAGGGGUUUAUACCUGCAUGGCUCAAAACCCGUAUGGUUCAGUCCAAGCCCACCACCCACUCACUGUACUGUCGACACAGGUGGUCAGCACCCUGGAGCCCAAAAACCUGACCCACUGCCUCCCUGAAGGAUGCCAAAAACCCCUCGAUAGCCCAGAGGAUUGCGGAACUGAGCUGGAGAAAGUCAGCUGGUACCAUGAGCCCAAAUCCAACAAUUGCUUUCCCUUCACACAUUGCCACAGCAACAAUGACCAGACACCCAGAAAGGUCUUCAACACAUAUGAGGAUUGCUUGCAGUGCUGCGGCCUGGAGCUGUCUAGCCCCUGUGGACUGCCAAUCUUGCAGGGGAGCUGUAAGGCAUAUGAGCCUCGGUGGGCAUACAGCAUCACCGCACAUAAGUGUCAGUCCUUCAUCUAUGGAGGCUGCGAGGGAAAUGACAACAAUUUUGAGUCAAAGGAGCUCUGCGACGAGAUGUGCCCCUACCCAAAAAAACACCAUUGCAAAGCUUGCAAGCCAAAGGGCAAGAUGGUGACGAGCUUCUGCAGGAGCGACUUUGUAGUCUUGGGCCGCAUGACAGACAUUUCACAAGAGAAAAACUCAGGCCACGCCCUUGUGACAGUGGAGGAGAUCUUUAAGGACGAGAAAAUGGGUUUGCGGUUUUUCGGCAAAGAACCUCUUGAAGUCACUUUCCUCAACAUGGACUGGAACUGCCCAUGCCCAAACGUAACUGCUGCGGCUGCAGAAGGUCAGGUCAUCAUCAUGGGCAACGUCAACGAAGGCAUGGCCAUCCUUCAGCCUGAGAACUACGUAGGCACUUCCAGUCCUCGUCGUGUACGGAAACUGAAAGAGGUCAUUUCUAAUAACACCUGCGACAUUCUCAAAGCAAUUACCAACAGCCCUCAGUAGUAAUCCUCUUCUCAGUGCACAAAGUGUAGACUUGACAAAACUGUGACAAACAUUUGUGAACUAAACCUCACUGAGGCACUGCUUGAAAAGUCUUUUGAUAUUUUUACAAUUUACAUUUCUGGGAACUCUUUGGUUUGGUUCUUGAUCAGUCUUUUCCUGUUUCAGCUCGUCAAACAAAUGCUUAUGUCAAUGACAAUCUAAGGAAACUCAAAAUGCUGUUUUAAAUUUUGUUUUAAUUUAUUCAAAGAUAAAAGCUAACUAAACCAACCUCGCUGUAGGUGACACAAAAAACUCCAAGCAACCCGUUCUGUUUUUACAAUUUGUAGUCCAUGAAACAUGUUAUGUUUUUUUUUUGCUGCUUUAGAAUCAGUGGAUACAUGGUGUACUCACAUGCACUUUCUUAAUCUUCCAAGGCACCACGCAAUUAAAAUCUCCAUCUGUAUCUUGACUGUUCUGGCAGCAAAACAUUGCUGCAUUAUGUGUAAUUCUGCCGCUGAGAGUGACGCAUUGUAAAGUCCCGCCUCCCGCACUGACAUCGGUCCGGUCCGUUUUGGGCCGGAGGGAUGGAGGAUUACCAGUCUGAGUUGUUUCUCUGCCUUUGUCCACACAGCUGCAGGCCAUC